CACAUAUUCUCUUAUCCCUCAGCUAGAUUUAAUUACCAAAUUAAGCAGCUCUUUGUAUCAUAUUACAAAACGUACUACUACUUCCCGGAGUACAAUAUCUAGAGAGCUAGCUCUCAAAAAGAAGAUGGCCAGUGGUCUCCCCCAAACACAAGGGAAAACCCUCCCAGAUGCCUGGGACUACAAGGGCCGCCCCGCUGAGAAGUCGAAAACAGGCGGAUGGGCUUCCGCCGCCAUGAUUCUAGGUGUGGAAGCAGUGGAGAGGUUGACAACACUAGGUAUUGCCGUGAACAUGGUGACGUACUUGGUGGGGACCAUGCAUUUGGGCAAUGCUACCUCCGCCAGCACCGUCACCAACUUCCUCGGCACCUCUUUCAUGCUCUGCUUGCUCGGCGGCUUCAUCGCCGACGCCUUUCUCGGCAGGUACCUCACCAUUGCCGUCUUCACCACCAUUCAAGCAACUGGUCUGACAGUACUAACAAUCUCAACAAUAGUCCCAAGCCUCCGACCACCAAAAUGCGCCGCCGACACCGUGCCGCCAUGCAUCCAGGCAAGCGGCAUGGAGCUCACCGUCCUCUACAUAGCGCUGUAUCUAACCGCCCUCGGCACCGGCGGCCUAAAAUCCAGCGUCUCCGGCUUCGGCUCCGACCAGUUUGACGAGACCGAUGCAGAAGAGAGAAAAAAAAUGACAAAGUUCUUUAACUGGUUCUUCUUCUUCAUAAGCAUAGGCUCUCUUGGAGCGGUGACAGUUCUGGUGUACAUCCAAGACAACCUCGGACGAGAAUGGGGUUACGGAAUAUGUGCAUGCGCAAUAGUCUUGGGAUUAGUCGUGCUCUUGUCGGGGACAAGGCGUUACCGCUUCAAGAAACUCAGUGGAAGCCCUCUCACGCAGAUGGCCACUGUCUUUGUGGCUGCUUGGAAGAACAGGAAGCUUGAGAUGCCUUCUGACUUGUCGUUUUUGUAUGAUGUUGAUGACGUUUCUGAGGGCCACAAGAAGAUGAAGCGAAAUAUAUAUAUAUAUAUUAAAAAUUUCUUGGACAAGGCAGCAAUCAAAGGCCCUGGAAUGGGCCCAACCACGGAAAACAAGUGGACUUUAUCAACUCUAACAGACGUUGAGGAAGUGAAAUCUGUAAUCAGAAUGUUACCCAUUUGGGCCACCUCCAUUAUGUUUUGGACCGUCUAUGCCCAAUUUGUCACUUUCUCCGUCUCCCAAGCCACCACCAUGGACCGCUACAUGGGCUCUUUCCAGAUCCCAAGCGCUUCCCUCACAGUUUUCUUCGUCGCCAGCACUCUCUUAACCGUCCCAGUCUACGACCGAAUCAUAGUCCCAAUCGCCAAAAAAUUCCUCAAAAACAAACAAGGCCUAACCCCUUUGCAACGCAUUGGGGUUGGCCUCUUUUUCUCCAUCUUUGCAAUGAUAGCCGCUGCUCUCACCGAGAUCAAACGCCUCCACGUGGCAAGAUCACAUGGCUUGACCGAUAGUGCGACGGCUGAGAUCCCCAUGAGCGUUUUCUGGCUGGUCCCACAGUUUUUCCUAGUGGGGUCAGGGGAGGCAUUCAUAUACAUUGGUCAACUUGACUUCUUUCUUAGGGAGUGCCCCAAAGGAAUGAAGACAAUGAGCACAGGGCUGUUUUUGAGCACAUUGUCACUUGGGUUUUUUGUUAGCUCAUUGUUGGUGACAAUUGUGCAUAAAGUGACAUGGAAUACAAAACCAUGGUUGCCGGAUAAUCUUAACCAAGGCAGGCUUUAUGACUUCUAUUGGUUGUUGGCGAUUUUAAGUGCCUUGAAUUUUGUGAUAUAUUUGGUUUGUGCCAAACGGUACGUGUACAAGGACAAGAGGCUUGCUGACGCUGGCAUAGAGUUGGAGGAAGGUGAUGUCGUUUGUCACUAA